AGUUUCCAUCAUGGUGGUUUUUCGGUGCCAGACGUGCGUCUACGAGAGAAGUCCCAUGUCCGGAAACGAUAAUUUUAUCACGUUCGUGAAACAAUCGCCCGAGUGAAACAAAACCUCACGCGGACUAUUGCACAGCGGCGUCUACCUCAAGUCCAGGAGGAGGAAGGUGAGCAGCAGCAGGAUGCUGUGCACCAUGGAGAAGCCGAGCGUAGGUGGUGGUGCCACUGGGGGCACGUGCACCUCGAGUGUGCCCAAGAUCAUGGUGUUCCGGCCCACCCUGGAGGAGAUGCAGGACUUCUCCAAGUACCUCGAGCACAUGGAGUCCAUGGGAGCCCACAAGGCCGGACUGGCCAAGAUCAUCCCGCCCAAGGAGUGGAUCCCCCGCAAAGGCGGCUACGACGACAUUGACAUGGAGAUUCCAUCGCCCAUCUCACAAGUGGUGUCGGGGGGCCAGGGUCUCUACCAGCAGUACAACAUCCAGAAAAAGUCCAUGAGCGUCAAGGAAUUCAGGCGCGUGGCCCAAAGUGACCGUUUCAACACUCCCCCUCACUUCGACUACGAGGACUUGGAGCGCAAGUAUUGGAAGAACAUUGCCUUCAAUGCUCCAAUCUACGGCGCGGACGUGUCGGGUUCCCUGUAUGACCCGGGUGUCAAGGAGUUCAACAUCAACCACCUGAACACCAUCCUGGACUUGGUGGGCCAGGACUAUGGCAUCAAGAUUGAAGGGGUCAACACGGCCUACCUCUACUUUGGCAUGUGGAAGACCACGUUUGCCUGGCACACCGAGGACAUGGACCUGUACUCCAUCAACUACCUCCACUUCGGGGCCCCCAAGUCGUGGUACUGUGUGCCCCCCGAGCAUGGGCGCCGGCUCGAGCGCCUCGCGGCAGGCUUCUUCCACAACACGGCCCAAGAGUGCUCCGCCUUCCUGCGGCACAAGAUGACGGUCAUUUCGCCCCAGGUCCUGCGCCAGUACUCGAUACCUUACAACAAGAUAACCCAGGAGGCCGGCGAGUUCAUGAUCACCUUUCCGUACGGCUACCAUGCCGGCUUCAACCAUGGCUUCAACUGUGCCGAGUCCACCAACUUUGCCCUGCCUCGUUGGGUUGAGUACGGCAAGCGGGCCUCGCAGUGCUUGUGUCGGAAUGACUGCGUGAAGAUCAGCAUGGACGUGUUUGUAAAGAAGUUCCAGCCCGAUAGAUAUGAGCUGUGGCUGGCUGGCCAGGACGUGGGCUGCCACCCCGAGGACCCCUCGAGCCGUGUGGCUGCCCGGCCGCCCACCCACCUCGAGAUGGCCAUGCUGCGUUCCAUGAUCAAGUCCAAGUCGAAGCGCCACCCCGUGCUGUCCAAGCACUGUCUCGUGCCCGAGGAGGAUGCCGGCGACACAGACGGCACCGAGAUUUACGACCCCGAGGACGACGAGGACACCAAGAAGCAACGACGGCCGUCCAAGGGGUCACUCUCCAAGCGCAAAGGCCCGCCCAAGGGGGCAGCACAGGGUGGCGACAAGAAGCGGCCUCGCAAACCUCGCACCAACAGCACUAACGAUGGCGAUGCCUCUCCCACCAAGGGGUCGGCAAGCAGAAACCCUGCCCAGUACAACAGCUUGAUGCAGGAGCUGAGCGUAGUGGUGGAGCCUCUGGCACAUGCGGAGCCUCCGAAACUGGAGCCCCUGAAGGCGUCUCCUGCCGAGGCUCCUCCUCAGUCGGAGCCGACGCAGCUGCCCGCCGAACGCUGUGAGGACAUAUACCAGCACACCGCUGAGCUGCCCGCAUUGAGCCUGGGACCGGGGGUUAGUCUGGGCGACCAGUGGUCCCUGAUGACUCCGGUGGAGGCACUUGUUCCCGCACCAACGCCCUCUCCCAACCACUCGGCACCGCUUCUUUCUUCCCCACCAGAGGACACCAGUUCACUUCCCUUCUCGAAGGUGGCUACCGAGAAGGAGGAGGAGGUGACACCAACCCCCGGCAUGCCACGCAAGCUGUGCCUGAGCACGGCCGUGCGACGCCAACCUUUGCACCCUGCACCCAAGAAGCGCAAGUCACAUCCAGCACUCAUCAAGGGCCAUGGGGAAGACAGCAGCGAUGAGGGUUGGUCGUCCGGAGGGGACACCUCUGGGUCAAAGGCCAACAGCAGCAGCAGUGCGGCCACAACAACCACAACAACAACGGGUGGUGGCAAUGGUGGCAGUCUCGGGGCGAGGGAGCCCGGCAGCUGGGCAGCGCCGUACAUGGACCUGUGGAGCUUCCGACCGGCCAAUCUGUAUGCCGAGCGACAGCUCAACCGGCACUCCUCCACCCUCGAGCCGCACUGUGCCCUCUGCCUGCUCUUCCGACCACUCCAGUACUCGCGCGAGGAAACUCCCCGAGAGCAGCCCAUAGUGCCGGAGUCUAGCGCCGUGUGGAUGCCCGCCGUGUGCUUUGUAAACGGUGGCCUGGACGUGGCGUGCAGUGCCGAAGUGGGCAUGCCCGAGAUUCCCGACACCGACGUCAAGUCGAGCGAGCUGCUCGUUUGUACCUCUUGUUCCGUCUGCGUUCACAAACACUGUUAUGGUGUCACGGUUCCUGUCAUCAAGGAGACUUGGAAGUGUGACCGAUGCGCGGUGCAGCCUAUCAGUGUGGAGUGUUGCCUGUGCUCCUUGCGUGGGGGUGCCCUGAAACAGACAACGCACGGCCGCUGGGUGCACCUGCUCUGUGCCCUGCUGGUGCCCGAGGUUCACCUGGUAGACCAGCGUGCUCGUUCUCCUGUGGACGUGCUCAGAGUCACACCGCAGAGGGCCCGCCUGCGCUGCACGUACUGCCACAAGCUACGGGACCGGCUCGGCUGUCCCCUGGAGUUGGGUGCCUGCAUCCAGUGCACGUCGGGCAAGUGCACGACGGCAUUCCACGUGACGUGUGCCCACGCAGCGGGCGUCUCAUUCCUCACCUCGGACUGGCCGCUGCCCAUCUUCAUCAAGUGCAUCAAGCACAGUUCAACCCAGAGCGACACCAAGGUCAGGGAGGACACAACUCGUUCACCACUUGUCACAUCACGGGAGCGCCCUCCGGCCGAGCCCCUUCCUCCCGUGGAGCCCGGCAAUCGCGUGGUGGCCAAGCACAAAAACGGCCGCUACUACUGGGGUCGGGUGCAGGAAAGCCGCAGCCAGGACUUGUACUCGGUCGACUUUGAAGACAACUCCUCUUGCGAUAACCUACGGCCAGAGGACAUAGUGGACCGUGACUGCGUGCAGGCAGGACCACCCAACCCCGGUGACAUAGUUCAAGUGAACUGGACAGACGGCAAGCUGUACCACGCUGUCUUCAAGGGACACAAAACAGUCAGCCUGUACACGGUGGUGUUUGAGGACGAGUCCGAGCGGACGGCCAAGCGCGAGGACAUCUAUGCCGAGGGAGAAGAGCUCCCGAAGCGGGUCAAGUCUAGUCUGAAGCAACCGAAAGGCAGCACAUCGACUUGUUUGAAGAACAGCCGGUGGAAGGUCGUCGCCGCCGGGCCCUCAAUGUCCGCUACAUCGACGACGACAUCCUGCUUCUCUGAGGAAGGAGGCAGCACGUCGUCGUCGUCAUCCGCAUCACCCGAGCAACAGCAACAGCCACUCCGCUGCCCACCUCUCUACCUGCGGCGGGAGAGCACGCCACUGCGAGACGCCGGGGCACAUGCGGUUGCCGCGGCAACCACCCUGGAAAUGUCUUGUCGGUGAUGACAAUGCAGCGAUGAGUGUAUUGGCCGAGAACACUGGGAGCCAUUCAGGCCUGAACAAAAUUACAGUGUUGUGGUUGUGUGUGUGCGUGCGUGCAUAGUUGUGAACAAUGCAAUUGCAUAAUGAACUGCAGUGUCGGGUUUCAGUUCUGAACCUUAAGUGCAAGCCCUCCACAGCGAGUUACAGGCCAGUUAAAGGCACGACAUCACAGCUACAACGUUCAAACACGGUGUGUUAGUGUAUGUGCCUGCUCACAGCACCUACGUUGAGCCAAAUGAACCAGUCUCUCUCAAUAUGUGUGCAUUGCAAACAUUGCCCACUCGUGCGAUCUUUACUGUGUGCUUGGUUUGCUGCAUUCGCACUUGUCUACCGAAGUAGGUUGACGGGGAAUGUCAGCACUGUACAAAUUUGGAUCGUCACAUAACACAGUACCAUUGCCCAUGGUUACCUUAUUAUACUAGUGCUAAUGUGUGUCCUAGUUGACUGAAUCAUUGGCAACGGCACCUUGCAGUUAGAGCAUGCUGAAAGUAACACAUUGCCCAUUGAGUGUGCCCGGCAAGCUCUAUGAAAGCAAUCCCCCCACCCACCCACCCAGAUGUUCACCAUUACUGUAGUUUGAAUGUACGUAAUUCUGAAAAUGUCCUCAUGGUGCAUAGGAACUGGAAUUAAGAUGACUGCUAUCAAUUUUUGGUUCUUCAUUCAGACGGCAUAGAAAUAUGUCAUUUUGAUGACUUCCACGUGUCAAAAACUCGUACCACAGACAGGUGCAAAUAUCUGUCAAUCUGUAGCAAUAGAAAUAUGUCUGGCACCUUGGCGGCCCUGUAGUUCUCAGAACCGUGGUUAUGCCCAGGAAAUGAGCAAACCAUAACCAUAUUGCUGCUUUGCAAGCUGUGCUUGUGGUGGUAAGAUUUGGCUCAAUGAUUUGAUUUGCUCGCGUUAGUUCGUCAUAACCUUUGGUGGGAUUGUAAAGUACAUUCGAAAAUGCGAUAUUCUUCAGUUGCAGAACAAAUUGGGGUGGAUCAUGAGGCAUUCGGAGGCGAUAGCUUUCAGUAUUUGGAGAUUGGUGCAGACUAGAGUUGUAUGUGCAUUAUGGUGCUACACUAAUCACUUUUGGUGUGAACUACUUUUGACAAGGUGUUUAUUAGUCGAACUGUAAAUUUUGCGAUUCUCACAGCCUCUGGGUUUACUUGAACAUUUGCAGGGAGGGUUUGCUUAGCCAACUGCUGUUCAGACUUCUCCUCGAGGUGCCCAAAGCUUAUCCUCAGUGUCCAACUCGCUUACAACUGUUUGAUUCUUUCCUCUUGAAUACCUCUUCUAAGCUAUGAUAUGCCAGGCGACGCGAUGUUGCCGUAUGUCGCACCACCAAGGGGUGCAACUGUCCCUUUCCACAAUAUCUCAGUCCUCAUCGCCGCCAGAAGUGCUGCUUGCAAACUGGCCGUAGAUUUCAUGAAAACAGUCUGAAUGGCAGCGCAGUUCGAGAUGAUAAACCACCAUUUGAAGGGUCCUCAACCACCUCUCGCACGUGACAGUGCAGGACACGUCUGCAAACUCUCGUUUCUGUAUGUCUGUAGGAGAACAACUAGCAGCUUGUUAACAUUGUUUCGGCUGAGCUACUGGUAUAUUGCUUUUCGUGAUUCACAAGAGCAGCGUCUGCAGCUUCCAUCCAUUCUGUCCACAUCAGAGUGUCCCUGCCAAGCAAGCGAAACUCUACAAAGUUUUGGUCAUUGUUUUAAGUGUAGUGGCACCUUGUUACCGUGUUUUCCAGACGUCUGUUAGUCACCAGGAAGUUUCGCUUGGUGAGGCAAGUCGUGGCAAAGUGCAACGUUUUGUCAAAACAGACGCAGAUUGCCCUUUUUUUUUGUCAAUUUCAUCUUUUAAUAGAUUCUUGAAUGCAUUGUUUUGUUUGAUCUCAUCGUUGAAACACUGAUGGGCAUAGCUUUUUUUUUUUUUGGUUCUUGCAUUCAGUAGAUUUUUUGUUGUUAAUCUUAAAUUUUGUUUGUUGCCGGAAACUGACCGGAAUGUGUGGGGUUUGUUCCUUCGUCUCAGUACGUUCGUGAAGGCAUACUUCUUCUCUCACUGCUUUGUGGCGUUAUGCACGUGUCCCCAUUAGAACCUAGAAGAAGCCUUGGUAUGUGUUCAUGCUUUCUGUGUUCUAGCAUACUUCUGAAGGAGGGAAUAUUCUUUUACGGGUCUCUCUGUUUUAUCUUGCCUCAUGGUGGCACUCUUGCAGUCGUCGCCUUCAUCCUCUCGCUUGUUUUCAGCAGUAAAGAUAUUGUCGGGAUUUUACUCUGCAGUUUGGAAACGGUGCGUGAAAUUGGCUGUUACUGGGAUCCACGCGCAGUUAUUUGCAAGUUCACACGACCGCACCCCACUGCCGUUAUGCGUUAUGUUCUCGGCUGCAAAAGAGGCAACUAGAAACAGUACCCUAUAUACUGCGUGCGUACUUUAGCACACUUCGAUGCACUGUUGUUUGUCUGCUCUUUUGAGCACGUGCGUAGCAUAUUCAAUGGGCCGUAGAAACACGACGGCAAACGCAACGUAUGAGGUUUUGUUCGGCAAUAAAAGUGGGUGAGAUGGCCUAUGUCCUAAGCUUGAUUACUGUGCCACUUUUUUAUUUCGUUGUGUAAAUACUUUUUCCCUCUUCUGAGUUUCUCUUUACAUGGCAGAGUACUUGCGGUGUUCACGAAUUUUCUCCUACGCUAAAGUGUGUGUGCAUGUGUUUGCGCGUCUGAAAUGUGUGUGGUAUUUAAACAGUGUUCGGUCAACAAGCAUGUGUACAGAAGCAUAUUUCAUGUGUAGAAAAAGAAUCCUCUUCACAAAAGCCAUGAGACAAGUCCAGAGCCAUGACAUUGCGAGUUAAAAAAGAUACACACGCAGAGCAUCCUGUCUACCUAGCGGACAUUCAUGUAUAACAUUUUGCAUCUUUGUCAGCCUCCUAUAGUUUUGAGCGAAGACUUCCUCUAUUUCGUGUUUGAUGACGGAUUAUUUAUAAACACCUGCCUAUUUUGGCCUGUAUUAUUGCUUGCCAGCCAAAUAAAAGUCGUGUUGUACAUAG